AAACAACACCUUACCAGUAAACAGCUAGCUUAAUAGCAUACAUUCAAGAUGUGUUUCAGUGGAGUUUUAAAGACUUUUGCCAACUGUAUUAUCUUUAGAAAAUGAUCAUUGCUGUCUAGUUUAUCACAUAUUGCUCCCGUAUCAACGUUUAGAAAUUUAGCAAGCUAAAUAUGCUGCAAUAGGUAAUUUAGCGUACACUUGCCGGUUAGCCAGACCAGCAUGGUAACAGUUAAGCUAGUAAAAUAGUUUUUAAUACCAUUCAUGGCUUUGCAGCAAAAUAAAGUAACCUAACAUUUUCACUGCUUUAGUUCUCUUUCACCGCAGACCUUCUGUGGGAUGAUUUCUCAGGUUUUCAUCUUGUCGUCAAAGGGCGACCAUCUCAUUUAUAAAGACUUCCGUGGAGAAGCUGGAAGUGACGUUGUCAGUAUUUUCUACGAGAAGGUCACAGCACUAACUGGAGACCAGCCUCCUGUUGUCAUGGCUCACAAAGAUCUUCACUUUGUCCAUGUCAGGCAGGGGGGGCUGUACUGGGUUGCUACUACCACAGCCGACACUUCGCCCUUUACCAUCAUCGAGUUCCUGAACAGGUUAACAGCUCUGGUUAAAGACUAUUGCGGCAGCCUGUCGGAGAAGUCGGUGCAGAUGAACUUUGCUCUGAUCUACGAGCUGCUGGAUGAGGUUGUGGACUACGGUUAUAUCCAGACGACGUCCUCUGACGUCCUGAAGAAUUUCAUCCAGACUGAAGCUGUUUCCUCAAGACCAUUCAACCUGUUUGACCUCAGCAAUGUCAGUUUGUUUGGAGCCGAGACACAGCAGAGUAAAGUGGCUCCGAGCUCUGCAGCCACCAGACCCAUCCAGUCGAGUAGAGAGCAGGGAGGAAAGAAUGAGAUAUUUGUGAACGUGAUUGAGAGGAUGUCGGUCGUCAUUGGCUCCAACGGAAUCUUGAUGAAGGCAGACGUGGAGGGAGAGAUCAGAGUGAAGUGCUACAUGCCGAGCUGCUCAGAGAUGCGAAUCGGCCUGAAUGAGGAGUUCAGCAUCGGCAAGUCACAGCUCAGAGGUUACGGCGCCACUGUUCGUGUCGAUGAGUGCAGCUUCCACCAGGCGGUCCGACUGGAUGAGUUCGACAGCCACCAGAUCCUCCGACUUUGCCCGAGCCAGGGGGAGCAAACCGUGAUGCAGUACCAUCUGAGCGAUGAUCUGCCUUCAGCUCCUCCCUUCCGUCUCUUCCCAGCCAUCGAGAGAGACAGCGGAGGAAGGCUGCUGAUGUACAUGAAGCUUCGCUGUGAUCUGUCACCAAAGAGUGCUGCCAUCAAUGUCAGUGCCACCAUCCCAGUUCCCAAAGGCUCUGUGAGUUUAUCACAGGAGCUCAGCAGUCCGGAUCAGAGCGCUGAGCUGAAGCUGCAGAGCAGAGCCAUCGUCUGGCAGAUCCCACGCUUUCCCGGAGGAACACAGCUCUCGGCUCUGUUCAAGCUGGAGGUCCCUGGCCUCAGCUCGGCCUCCAUGUUGGAGGUGGGUCCGGUCGGGCUGAACUUCGAGCUGCCCAAGUUUACCGCCACAGGGCUGCAGAUCCGCUUCCUCCGUCUGUCGCCUGUCCAGCCCGGCCCUCUGCAGCGCUGGGUCCGAUACGUCACCCACUCUGACUCCUACACGAUCCGAGUUUAAUCCGAACAGACCUCAGCUGUCUCUGAGAUGUCUCAUCAGUUCAGGAUAUUUACAGGAAGAAGACCAGGAAGAAAACACAGUCUAAAAUAUAUAUAUAUGUAUAUAUAUGGCCAUCUGCAGUUUUCAUAUGUUUUAUUUUAUUUACUGUGUUUAUGUUUUAAAAGGUUUAACAUGUCCCUCUGCAACCUGCAGGUGCUUAAAAAGGUUUGUUUUUAGUUUCAAGAUAAAGCUGGCUUUAUUCUUUAAUGUCCUACUGUCAACAAAUUCCCUGAAAUGUCCACAUGGACAGAUUACUAAACAAGGCUACUGGGCACAGGCCCAGGGCCUCGAGGGAGUCAGCGGGGCCCCUGGAGGCUGCCUGCAAAAUGUUCCAGAAAGUGACACAAAAUCAACUAAAAGGAGACACACAACAACUAGAGAGAGAAAUGAUGGCAGACCUAAAAUGGCCACAGAGAGACACAAAACCACCACAAAGAGAGUCAUGGUGAUAAAAUCUGUCUAGGGGCCCAGUGUGUCCUAAUCCAUUUGCUGCUGAAGAUGAAGAUCUUCAAAAUGACCUCACAGACAUAUAGUUUCACUGUAGUUUUUAAUCAAACAAACAGGAGGAGAUGGGGGAUUUAUCGGGGACUAUUUUCAGCAGCGAAUGAGUCCACAUUUGGUCUCUAGCAGGGUGUAUGUGGCACUGAAUCAAAUUAAACUACAGUGCCUGGUGUCUUUUAAUUGUUUUUGGUCAACAGUUGAGCUCCAUAGGAAGAUGCACACUGUACUUGUUAGCAGAGACAUUCAUUGUUGGUUUGAAUCUGAAUAUGAGGCUUGUCGACAUUCACAAAUCACCAGAUGAAUAGUGAAGAGUUUGAAUUUUGGGGCUGUUGUUUACUGGUUUCCUAUAUUAUUUUGGCCCCACUGAGAAGAUGAUCUUGAAAUUCAGAAACAAGCUCAAGCAGCUAAUCAAAUGUCAUACACUGUCUGAGAAUAACAGCCCAUUAAAGUCCUGUUUCAUCUUUG